AAGUUAGACUUUUAAGUGGGGUACACUUUAAGUUUUCCACUUGACCAUUGGGAGAACUUAUUCUUGCUUUCCAAGGGAAAUAUCUCUUUGACCCUUUUCCCUCACUUCAAAUAUAUUGCAACUAACCACAAGAAUCUUUGACCCUCUCGGAUCUAAAUUAAAUAACAAAUAACAACCCUUGCCCUGCCCUAUAUAUGCCCUACCUCCUGCCACACAUCCCCAGCAACCAAGAACCAUCAUUUGUGUAUUCUCUUAACAAAUAGAGGAGAGAUCAUGGAUGUCCCUGUGAUAGAUUUCAGCAAGUUCUGUGGCGAGCAGCGCGGCCAAGCUAUGGCUCUGUUGCACGAAGCUUGUGAGAAACGAGGCUUCUUCGUGAUUGAGAACCAUGGCGUUGACACAGAGUUGAUGGAGAGGGUGAAGCAUUUGGUGAACACAUACUACGAGGAAUACCUGAAAGAGAGCUUCUACCAGUCUGAGCUGGCAAAGAGCCUGGACAAGUCAGUCUCUAUCUCCGACGAGGAUUGGGAAACCACCUUCUUCAUCUGGCACCGUCCAACCUCCAACAUUAAGGAAAUCCCGAACGUCUCCGAGGAGCUCUGCAAAGCAGUGGAGGAGUACAUUGCGCAGCUGGUCAAGGUGGCGGAGACGCUAUCGGAACUGAUGAGCGAGAAUCUGGGGUUGGAGAAGGAUCACAUAAAGAAGGCAUUCUCGGGAAGCGGGGGAGGAGCCAGAGUGGGAACGAAGGUGGCGAUGUAUCCUCGAUGUCCAAAACCGGAAGUGGUGAGAGGACUGAGAGAGCAUACGGACGCAGGAGGGAUAAUCCUGCUGCUGCAGGAUGACCAAGUGCCAGGUCUUGAGUUCUUGAGAGACGGGAAGUGGGUGGAGAUUCCUCCGUCCAAGAACAACGCCAUAUUUGUGAACAUAGGGGACCAAGUGGAGGUGUUGAGCAAUGGGAUUUACAAGAGCGUGGUGCACAGAGUGAUGGCCGACAAGAGCGGAAGCAGACUGUCCAUUGCCACCUUCUACAACCCGGUCGGGGAGGCCGUGAUUUGUCCUGCUCCCAAGCUGCUUUACCCCAGUGGCUACUCUUUCGCAGACUAUUUGAAGCUGUAUGGAAGCACCAAGUUUGGUGACAAGGCUCCCAGGUUCCAGUCCAUGAAGAAUAUUCCCAAUGGCCACUAAAGCCUUCUCUCCCAACCAAACCGCUAUUAUAUUGUCAUAUUAUAGCCCCUUAUUUAUCUGUCAAUUCAAUCAUGUUUUUAAUUUCAUCUGUUAAUUGCCACAAAACCAGAGGAAGGCAUGUGUCUUGAUGGAUCAGGACACCAUUUCUUUCUUUUGUUUCUUUCGUUUAGGCAUGAACAACAAAACAAGAAAAUUUAUGUACUAUUUCUCUAUUAAUUUCAGGAACAAAAAGAAGCACAAAGGUUAUAUAAUAUAA